GCCAUUUUAAUUUCCGAGCGACAGUAGAAAUAAUAUGCGGAAAUCUGGUGUUACUGUUGUGGUACAAGAAGUUUAUUUGCUAAAUUACUAGCUUCAUGACGUUGUGUCGCCGCGUUCUCUUGGACAUAUUAACUUGAAACACUCGGUUUCACAAAAUUUUCUUUUCGAUUUGCAGCUGGAUUAAUUAAAAUUGAAAAAAAUUUAGCUUUUGUCAGUAAACGAAGAUGAUGUCCAAAUUCCAAGUCGUUUUCGUACUGUUUGUAGCGGUUUUUUCGAUUUCCACAAAAGCAACCAUUCUGCCUGGACGUUGUCCAGUUGUGCCGGUGAAAGAUGGUUUCAGUAUUUCUCAGUAUUUAGGUGUCUGGUACGAUAUAAGAAGUUACUUCGCAUUUUUCCAAAUUGGAGUCAAUUGCUCCCGAGCGGAAUACACUCAGAUGCCGAACAGCAGCUUUGUGCGAGUUAACAAUACGGGAACAGUUUUUGCUUUCAAUGGAUCGCGCGUGAUGGUUAACGCUACAGGAAAAGCGUGGGCACCCAAUCGAGCAAUCCCAGCAAAAUUAGUUGUCCAGUUUGACAACAUGAGCAAUGCGACCGGAGAUUAUUGGGUGGCAGAGACGGAUUACACGACUUUUUCAAUUGUCUGGGCAUGUUCGAACAUCGCUGCUGGAUUGUUUCAUGAAGCACACUCGUGGGUUUUGGGACGAUCUCCGUCCGGUUUUAAUGCCAAUACAGAAGCAAUUAUUGACAAAGCUCUGGCGACUCACAACAUCGAUCCCACUUUAUUCCGCCCAACUGUCCAAAAGAACUGUGUGAACUACUAGCCUCACGGACAGGGUUCUUCUGAAUUUCCAAAUCGACUGAUCACAUGUUUUUUUCUGAUUUAUGCUCACAUGUGCACGGUCAUUGUUGUUGCAUUGAAUUAAUAAUUACAAUUUCACUCAACUAUUUACUUAUGACAGUGUACUGAGCCGACGUUACGGCACACUAAAACCGCUUCAGCAUCGACUGCAUAAAAAUACUGACACGGGA